UUACAGUUUUUAAAUUUAAAUUUAGAUACUGCAAAGCUGAGAGCUCCGUGCGUCAUAUUUAUUGAUGAAAUUGAUUCCGUGGGUGCAAAACGAACUAAUUCUGUCUUACAUCCAUAUGCAAAUCAAACAAUUAAUCAACUUUUGACCGAAAUGGAUGGUUUUCGUCAAAAUGAAGGGGUUGUAGUAUUAGGAGCUACAAACAGAAGAGACGAUUUAGACAAGGCACUUCUUCGCCCUGGAAGAUUUGAUGUGGAAGUUCAGGUUCCCGUUCCAGAUCUAAAUGGUAGAAAAGAAAUUCUUGAAUUGUAUCUGGGGAAAGUCAAAGUUGCGGAUGAUGUGGACGUUAACGUUCUUGCUCGGGGAACCACCGGCUUUACAGGAGCAGAUUUAGAAAAUUUGGUGAAUCAGGCAGCACUCAGAGCAGCCAUUGAUGAAGCAGAUGCCGUAUCAAUGAAUUACUUGGAAAAUUCUAGAGAUAAAGUACUUAUGGGGCCAGAACGCAAAUCACGAAUUCCAGAUGAAGAAGCCAAUCAGAUCACUGCUUUUCAUGAAGGGGGACAUGCACUAGUAGCAUUUUAUACUAAAGAUGCUCAUCCUCUUCACAAAGUUACUAUUAUUCCACGUGGACCAUCAUUAGGUCAUACUGCAUAUAUCCCAGAGAAAGAACAUUAUCAUGUUACCAAAGCUCAAAUGCUUGCAACAAUGGAUACCCUAUUGGGAGGAAGAGCAGCUGAAGAAAUUAUCUUUGGCCCAGAAAAAAUAACUUCAGGGGCAUCUAGUGAUUUGAAACAAGCUACUAGUAUGGCAAUUAACAUGGUAAAAGAAUGGGGAAUGUCAGAAAAAGUUGGAGUUAGGACCUUUGAAGGAGAGCACAAUUCUCUAGUUGUAGUCAACGAUUUGGCUCCGAGCACAUCGGAAUCCAUUGAUACGGAAAUUAAACGCCUUCUGGCAGAAUCUUACGAAAGAGCAAAAACCAUUCUCCGUACACACAGCAGGGAACACAGGCUUCUGGCCGAAGCUCUUCUCAAAUACGAAACGUUAGAUGCAGAAGACAUAAAAGCAAUUAUUAGUGGAAAAUCGUGUCCCAGGGCAAAAACGCAUUGACGCCCAUACUGGUUAGAUGAUGAUUUCUAUGUAUAUUGGAAUUAAAAACAAACUUCACACGAAUUCUUAGAAAGUUUGUACAGCGGAAGCUGAAUACAGCUAAAAUUAAAAGCAAUUUCCAACAAAGAUA